GCCUGUCGGAUGCUGUGCACGCAAAAGCGAAAAAUUCAACGCGCUUAAAAUAAAUACAAUAGACUUUGGAUCACGUGCAUAUUGUCCUUAUAAUAUUAUUCAAUUUUUUUUGUUGUUGUGCUGUUUUGAGUGCAGUGAACAUACAAUUUGUGAAUUAAUUAUUGUUGUUUAGGUGCGACAAGUGUGCCAAGCAGCGUUGAGCGCAUCAAUCAAACGUAAUUGCAAGCCAAACCACAAACAAAAACAACGCCUGGCCGAUGCCAUGGCUACUGAUUUGGACGCCACGUGCAGACGGCGUCGCCGACACAUUCAGCGACAAUAGUUGGUAUUGCCGACAACAACAAUAAUAUUAUUAACAGCAACAACACGAACAGUUGUUGACCAUAAAGCCCAAAAGCUGAAAGUGGCGCCGCAGCAUCUUUAAGUGUUUUGGUCACACCAUAAAUCAAGUGACAGGCGGCUCCGCGAACGGCGCGCCUAAACAAAACUCAUUUGCACACGUUGUCCUUAGUGCCGUGUUUCUUUGUCGCAGCAGCAGCAGCAGCAGCAGCGGCAGCGCAUAAAUUUGCCAACAGUUGGCCGCGCCGCACGCACACUGUCCACCAACGCCAACGGAAGUGGGGUGAAGUGCUAAAUAUAAUACUCUAUCUCCCUCCAACAAACAGAUGUCAAUGAAGUUAUCGUUCCUGUCCAUGUGAAUACUUCUUUGGCAUCCGGCGACAAUUUUUGUCACAGCGCCCAAAAACAUUUCCGAGCAUCAUAAAAAUCACAACAACAACAACAACAACAACAACAACAAGAGGAACAACAGGAACAACGACAACAUUUUCAUUGCUGUCGACAACAUUUUAUGACGGUCACAUAAUAACGCGAAGCGACAAAAGCGGUAAACGCCAAACGGAGGCGCAGAAGAAGGUAGGAUGCAAAUUACGUGCCACAUGACGUGCCAAAGCUUUUGAUUUGAUUGCAAUACGCUCAAUCGGUCAUUCGGUCAUUCGGUUAUUUGGUCAUUUGGUCAUUCGCUCAUUUGGCCAUUUGAUCGUUUGGUCAUUCGCUCAUUGCCCAGCCGAGGGCAGGCUUUAGGCCUGAUUGAUUGUCUGCCGCAGCAAUUGGCGCGGCAGCAAGCGGGGCGCGCCAGUUCGUUUGACCAGCAGCGCGUGAGGCAAUGAACAAAAAGUCCUCUUUGCCGCUGGCUUCCUUUCUCACCAGCAUUAACAACAGCAACAACAGUAACAACAACAGUUGCCCAGCAACUGGCAACGUGGCUGGCGGCAAUUCACGUAUCGGUCGCCAGAGCGGCUCAAGCAUGUGCUUCGCAGGCGGCGCUACAAAUGGCGCCCAGGGCGCCAGCAGCUCAUCCGGCGGCGCCGGCAGUGGCAGCGGCAGCGGCAGCGGCAGUGGAUCCGCUUCGUCCACAGCAAAGGCGGACAAACAGCGGGACGGCAAUGGCAGCAUCAGCAGCAGCGCCCUCUGCGGUUGCCAAAAGGCGCCCAAAUCGCAUUGCAUAUCAGCGACAGGUGUAUUGCUGCUGGUACUGCUCUACACGGCAAUGGGCUCCAUAAUAUUCGUAACGCUCGAGGGCGAGCUGGAGGAUGCGACUGCACUGGAAACAGCUGUGGCCGCGUCUAAGCCAUAUCCGCGCACCGAGCUGGCCAAUGCCGAGAUACGUUCCAGAACUGUUGAUCGACUUUGGUCAAUAACGGAGGAUCUCAAUAUACUCUACAAGGAGAACUGGACACGCUUGGCCGCCCAGGAGGUGCAAUUAUUUCAGGACACUCUGCUGCGUGCGGUACGCCAAUCGAAGGUAUAUCAGCCCGGCGGCGUGCAAAUGAAUGCACCGACGCACAAAUGGACCUACGCCUCGGCCUUUCUCUACUCCCUGACAUUAAUUACAACGAUAGGCUACGGCGGCAUUUCGCCCCGCACCCAGUGGGGCCGCGUAGCCGCCCUUGUCUACGCCCUGUUCGGCAUACCCAUCGUGCUGCUGUAUCUGUCCGCGAUGGGCGAGGCACUGUCCGCCGGCAUGCGUUGCCUGUUUCGGCGUCAACGUGCCAAGGGCAGCGUUGCCAGCGGCAGCGGCCCCACAGCCGGGCCUAGCGGCAGUCGCAAAUCGGACAAGGCCAAGGGACAGCAAUACGGUCAUUCGGCGGCCAAGCUCCACCAAUACGGUCUCCCACCCUCGGUAUAUCAGCAGCAGCAGCAGCAGCAACAACAACAGCAGCAACAACAGCAGCAACAACAACAACAACAACAGCAGCAGCAGCAGGGCAGAAAGUCAGCUUCAGAUGGCAGCGGACGCAGUUCCCCAAGUGUGCCCAUCUCGAUCUGUGUGUGUGUCCUUGUCUGCUAUGUGACCAGCGGUGCGAUACUGUUCCAUAAGCUGCAGAACUGGAGCGUUCUGGAGUCCCUAUACUUCUGCUUCACUUCGCUGGGCACCAUCGGCUUUGGUGAGCUGGCACCCAGCGGCACCUUGACCUUGUACACGGCCUCGGCCUAUAUAUUGGUGGGCAUGGCCGUGGUGGCCAUGUGCUUCAGCCUGAUCCAGACGGAGAUUGUUAUGUGGCUGCGCCGUUUCAGCGUUCAGGAUCAUGUAACGCCCAAGGCCGAGGAGCUGGCUCUCGUCUCAGUGGCUGUAACGCCCAAGCCCUCCUGACAACGACCCAGCGCUGAACUAAUGGGCGCUGGAGCUGCCACGGCUGGCGGCCAGGCGGCCAACAAUCUGGGCCAGCAUCAGACCAUGUUCUUUGGACCGGCGCACACAUUGACCCAGUACAGCUCGCUGCCACGUCGCAGUCACAUGCAUGGACUCGGAGGUAUGGGCGCUGGCAAUGGCGGGGGCGGGGCCGGCAGCGGAAUGGGCGCCUCAUCAUCGGCCUUUCAACGGAACACGCCCAUAAGACGCUCCACAGGCAUACCGGAGCACCACAUGGAGUACUUUGUGCCGCGCAGCAUUAGCGAAUUUAAUCUAUCCGGCGUUGGCGACUUGGCGCUGCCCCCGCCGCGCCGCUUCUCGCCGAACAACAUGACCGGCAUGGGUCUGCCCAUGGGCGUUGGCGUUAACAUGGGCCUCAACAUGGGCAUGGGCAUGGGCAUGGGAAUGGGCAUGCCGCACGGCCUACAGCUGGGACCGCCGCAGACGCUGCUCUGUGCCGCUGCCGCAGGCGGCGCCACGACAUCAGCAGCACCCCCACCGCCGCCGCCCGCUCAGCUGCAAAUAAUGACACUGAAGCCGCGCAGCGAAAAAAUGGUCACUUUCGAGGAUGAGUCGAAGUCUGCCGCUGCCGCCGCUGCUGCAGCGACAGCCACACACUGUCCGCACGGUGUGCCAACCACGCCGCGCAAAUCAAGCGGCGGCGCCACCACAGCCGACUUGUUCAUGUGACCAACCAGCUGACAAGCGGCCGGCACAGAUGACGCCGAGCUGAACGCAGCGCUGCGACUACGCGACAGCAUCGAGAACGAGCUCUGCCCCAAGCAGGCGCCGGGCGAGGUAAUCCGCGUCUAAGUCUGCCUGCCCGCCCACACAGUUGUGUUUUGGUCGACUAACUGGCUCACACACUCACACUGUAAGUAUAUGCACACCAAGAGGGCGUGGCAGCAAUCGGCAGCCACUGCGUGCUAAUUAGCUGAGCAGGUGGGCUACGACAACAGCGCGCUUUGAGGGUGUUAUGCAAAUGAUGUAAGUUAAGCAAAUAUUUAUAAAAUAUGCGUGUAAACAGCAAACACUAAAAGUAAAAAUAAAAUACCAUAAAUAAAAUAUUGAGUGUGCUCUAGUCGGCUGUGAUCGACUAGAUGGAUACCCUGUACCCGAACGAUACCGAGAUGUUGUGAAAAAAACUCAAAUUUCCUUUCAUGCACACAUAUACCAACAGACAGGUACAUAGCACACACAUACACACGCACACACACACAUAGAGCUGUUUCUUCCCUCCGUAACACAAAAGAUUAUAGUAAAAUGCAUUCUUGGAUAACUCAGCUGUUCAUAGUCCGAUCAUUAUGAAAUUUUCAGCGCAUAAAGCGCUAACUAGGAAAGCUUAGAUUCUUGCAAAUCUGGAGAAAAUCGAAAAAACUUAUCUAAAAAUAUACAUAUUCGAAAUCGGUAACAAUAAACGAAACACCAAAUCAGAUAAAUUUCGAUAUAUGCAUAGAAAACUAAAAACUGAAAAUCGAUAUUUAUCGAUUUCGUGAAAACAGUGCGAAUUCCGCAUUCAAAUUUCCAGUCUUUAGCUUGAAUAGUGUCUGUGUUUGAGGCGGUUCUUGAUGCUGAUCAUGAAUAGAUAUCCUUGAUGAGUUCGAAGAAGCGUGCUUACGCCUGUUGCAUGCAUUAUACCCAUUUUAUUCCAUAUUCAAAGGGUGCAGGGUAUAAGUAUAUAUACAGAAAAAAACUAAAAAUAACAUUUAAUGCCUGUUGUAAAUACACUUAUGUAGAAGAUAACUAUACCAAAAACAAAAGAAACACAUAAAACAUAUAUUGAAAUCUGAAUGGCGAAAGCAAAAGCAUAAACAAAAAUCAAAUUAAAAUCCAAAAUGCAGAAUGCAUAAAUAAGUCAGACAACUACAAAAAAAAAAAAAAAAAAAAAAAAAAAAAAAGUUAGUGAAAACAGAAAUUAAUUAAUGUGUGCAACAUACCACUUAAACGAUGAAUAAUAAAUAACUGCACAAUCCGAAAAUGCGCAGGCAAUGGGAUUGUGCAAGGAAGGGCGGGGUUGGUGGCAAAAUGACAAACUGUAUGCAAUCCGCGAAAAGGACAAAGUUUAGUUAAGCGAUUUGUUGGUUAGUUAGUUUGUUUUGUUAUGUUUAGUUAAGUUUUACUAGUUGUUCUUAAUUUUUUGUUGUUGUUUUUCUUGCGCUUUGUUCAAUCCAUGCGGCUUGGGCCUUUGGCCUUUGUUGCAGCAUAACAGUAUG